AUGGCCAGCUGCAGAUCCAGGUGAUCGCCCAGGAAGAACAGAGGCCACGGGGCAGAAUGCUGGAGCAAGAUGGCUGGAAUCGCUGGAAGCCACACGACGGGUGCAGCCUCGAGGGUUACAACCUGCUGCAGCGCUUGCAUCUGCUGCCGCAGAUGAGCAUCGUGCUGCAAUUCCAGAGGCGCGGGUGCCUUCAGUGUCUUCCCCUUCGGGAGAAGCGGUUUUCAAGCGCCGCCUGCUUGCUGAUGGGAAAGAGGAGAAGAAUGCUUUCAGGUUGCAGAAGCGCAACGGAGCGGAGGAGGUGCACUCCGCGCGGAAGAAGACAGAUGGCGCCGAGUUUUCUGCAGCGCAGGUUGCUGCUGCUGUAGCUGCCGAGGCCAACCAAGAGCGGCUGUUGGAGGACGAGCUCCGAGAUCCCACGCGCCCUGCGCGCCGCUUCCAGGCACAGCUGCCAAAAGCUGGGCAUUCGGAGAAGCCGAAAAGUGGGACUGGCUCCAAAGCCAAAAAGCCUAGACUUAUUGCAGCUGCCGAUGAAGAUGACAUGGAUGACAGUGAGUG